AUGGCUAAAUAUUUACCGAGCCGUUUUAAAGGCCAGCACCCCAACUUUGCUGCACGCCGUCUGUUCGUCCUCGCCGUCCUCGCGACGCCCUCGCACGCCGCCUCUCGCCCCCGUACGCGGCGCGGGGGUGCACUCAUCGACACGCGCAACCGCGCCGACUUCCACAUCAAUGGAUCGUCGUCCUCUUUGGCUGCAGAGAGGCCGCCUUCGGUGGAGGAGGAGGAGCCGCCGGCCGACUUCAUCUGCCCGAUCACGACCGAGGUCAUGAGCGACCCGGUGAUGGCGGCGGACGGGCAUGCUUACGAGCGGUCGGCGAUCGAGCGCUGGCUCGCGACCAAGUCGACGAGCCCGAUGACGGGCGAGGAGCUCCAGCACACUUGCCUCGCCAAUCAUCACAUGCUCCGCCGAAUGAUUCGAGAGUGGGGAGAGACGCACUCGGCACGGAGUAGGGAGUAG